AUGUUGUCGACUUCUUUUAAUAGCAAAACAAGUAAAGCCGAGCUUACAUUGGACCCACCUUUGCAUUACAGCGCUGGUCCUAUUGGAGAAGAUCUUUUUCAUUGGCAAGCGAUAAUUAUGGGCCCCUAUUCAUUGGAUUAUUUUAAAUUAUUAGAAUUAUUUUUACUUUCAUACGCACAGACUGAAUCUCCAUAUGCUGGUGUUGUAUUUUUUCUUGACAUAAAAAUUCCUACAUAUUAUCCAUUCAAACCACCAAAGGUUAAAUUUAUGACAAGAAUUUAUCAUCCGAAUAUCAAUAUUAGUGGAGCUAUAUCCCUUGAUAUUUUAUAUAUCGAAUGGUCAUCUGCUAUUAACAUUUCAAAACUGCUUUGGUCAAUUUUCUGGUUUUUGACUGAUCAUAACCCAGACUGUCCAUUCUUCGAAAGAGAAAUUACUCAUAUUUACAAGACCGACCGCGUCCGUUAUGAAGCAACAGCACGAGAAUGGACGCGCAAAUAUGUUAGUAAUUAG